GAGUUGGCAUGACGGCGGUGCGGUUGAUUUUCCGACAUUAAAACACGGUUUCAAUCACGACCGGUUUCGGGUAAUAUCUGUUUUUAUUUUCUUUUUGUAUUUUUCAAUUAUUCUCGUCAAAAUUAAAAAAUUGACGACACGCUCGGUUUGCCGAAAACAACGUACACGUUGUUCGUGGAUUCGCGAUUCCGAAAAAAAAUCCAAAGAGGAUUUAGGAUUUUUUUUUUGUUUUUCAACAUCACCGAUAUAUAUCCGUCGUGCCGAUAUCUCUUCGAGACUCCCUUUGUUCUUCUUUCGUUCCGUAAAAGAAAUUAGCAAUUGCGAAAAUCUCAAAAUCGACGAUCGGGUAAAAGAAAACGAAAGAAGAAGCAACGGAAACUACUUUCGUUUUCGUUUAAGUGUCACGAAACUUGUGGUGUGUGUUACGGUUUCUGGAAGAACAUUGACUAAAAUCGAUCAACGCGCAAUCACGCAAUCUUUUUCGAUUACAAAGGAAAAAAAGGGUGAUCGCAAGGAUUGACACUUCGAUCCGUCCAAAGUAGUUCUCAGGGUGAUUUGUUUCUCGGCAACAUGUCGGUGAUAAUGCAAUACAUAGAGCGGUUCCACGAUAUGUUGGACAAACACGCAGAUAAAAGAACGACUAAUUGGCUGCUGAUGAGGUCACCUUUUCCCACGUUGUUUAUUUGUCUUUUUUACGUCUACAUCGUCAAGGUGUUGGGGCCAAAGGUCAUGGAAAACCGAAAACCUUUUCAGCUUAAGAACACCUUGAUAGUCUACAACCUGUUCCAAGUGAUCUUCUCCGCGUGGCUGUUCUAUCAGAUAGGAAUGUCCGGAUGGCUGACCGGAGAUUAUUCUCUAAGAUGUCAACCUGUAGACUACAGCAAUAGACCCGAUGUAUUAAGGAUGGUCCACGCAAGCUGGUGGUAUUACUUCUCGAAAUUUACUGAAUUUAUGGACACGGUCUUCUUUGUACUGAGGAAAAAGAACAAUCACGUGUCUACGCUGCAUGUGAUCCAUCACGGAUGUAUGCCAAUGUCGGUCUGGUUCGGUGUCAAAUUCACACCUGGUGGCCACUCGACCUUCUUCGGUUUACUGAACACCUUUGUUCACAUCGUGAUGUACACGUAUUAUCUUUUGGCGGCGAUGGGUCCAAAGGUGCAGCCGUAUCUCUGGUGGAAGAAAUAUCUCACCGCCUUCCAGAUGCUGCAGUUCAUCGCCAUCAUGAUCCAUGCGUUCCAGUUACUCUUCAUCGAGUGCAACUAUCCGAAGGCGUUCGUCUGGUGGAUCGGUUUGCACGCCGUGAUGUUCUUCUUUUUGUUCAAGGAGUUCUACCAACAGAGUUAUCAAGACAGAAAACCCAGGAAACCGCAUGGCGACGCUGUGGUGACGAACGGCGUCGUCAACGGGAAUGACGACCAGUCGAAGCGCAAGCACGCGAAUGGUAGCGUUAAUAACGUCGCGAACGGUGCUGUCGCAAAUGGUUUUUCACCGAGAAGAAGGGAUGCCGCGGAUUAUUACGUGAAAGGCGAAAGCCUAGCGACAGAGCUCAAUCUCCGAAAGACGUUUUCGGCAAACCUUGAGUGACCUUCGAGCUGAGCGCCUUAGCCUAGUCGACCUUUUGCUGCGACGUCGUGUUUCUUCUUACCGCGUAAUCGCCGAAAAAAAAAAAAAAAAAUCAGCGAGCUUUCUUCUUUCAUGGUUCGUUUGUUCUCUUCUCUCCGUUAUUCUAUUUUUGAUCUGUCGUUCAUUAUUUUCUGUCAUUCAAAGAACGAAGAAAGCUCCCAACGUCAAUCAACGCAUCCACAUAAAAAACAAAUGCGGAACAUUUGUAUAAAAAUUUGUAUAAAAAUUUAAGUCUUUCGUCUCUGUGGCACACAGUAUAAUACGUGGAUGUUCUACGUGCGCGACAACUGCCCAGCUAGCUCUCGUUAGCUCUCGUUAACUUCGACUCACAAAGUUGUUGUUAGAGCUGAGCAGUCGCGUGUGAUCGGCGAAUGACGCGGAAGGACACUGAGACAGAGAUCGUGUCCUGGUGUUCCUACGUAAAAAAAAAAAAAAGAAAAAGAAAAAAGCGAGCAAUUUGUUUUGAGUUGAAGGAGGGAAUUGGGUCGCGAAGCGUAAAACCCGGUGAGACAAAAACAAUUCUGCGAGUUUUGGAAGUCUGACCGCACAAUGUAACGAUUUCUUUUAGCACAAACAAGGAGAAUCUCUGUUUACGUAGAUCACGCGAAAGAAAGAGAAUUGUUUUGCGUUUGGAAAUUGUUGUCAGUCAUUGUAAUCUUUGUACAGAUAUUCGCGAUAAAUGCACAUCGUUCGCUGAGAAUUUUCUGCGCGGAAUAAAUAAUAGAAAUUGUCUCUUCUCUAAUAAUCCUAGAUAGAUAUUUCUCAAUUGAAUCGUUGCAACAAUAUUUCCUACUUGUUUUCACAAUAUUAAAACAAAAAAUGUAAUUAAAAAUAUUUGGAUAUUUUCGGAUCUUUUCUUUGUUUUGAAAAAUGUUUUUUUGCUGAAAAUUAACUUUACCGAAAAGAUUAAACACACACACACACACACAUAUUUGCUGACUAAUAAUAGAAAAUAAACUCAGUAGACUUUCAAUGAAAAUUCGUCGUGCCGGUCAUUCGCCAGCGCGUUAAAUUUAAAGAAAUUAAGAAGAUGUGGAAAUAACAGUAAAUCUGAACAAGCGUUCUAAUAUUCACUGCCAGUACUGAAAAUCUACAGUGCCUACACAUGUGACGUGAAAUACAGAUUUUUCGUACUGUCAGUGAAUAUCGGAAUGCAGCCACAAUAGUUUUUCGGCGCUUUACGAUUAUGUAAUUAAUCGCGAGAUCUUUUCGUUUGCGAGAUAUAUUUCCGGCCGCGUUAACCUCGUUGAUCUUGAUCGAAUUGCGAACGGACCUCGCAAGAUUUUCAAAUUAUGUAAUCUCAAUCUAGAAGAUUCGAGUCGCAUAGAUCGGUUUAGUACGCAGGCGUAUAGUACAUUCAAAAAAAGUCACGGUAGCUAACCAAGCGUUUUUAGUUUUAUUUGCAACAUUAAAUCUCGAUCACUGUUUUAGCAAAGUUUAUCAACGUUUUGCUCUCUGAAAGUUUAUAUUAGAAAAAACUUAUUAAAGCUGUAUUUUUGCAAGUUUUAAACGUUUUAUACAUACAUAAUGAAGAAAUCAUAUCUAUGUGUAAAUUUAAAACGGCUUGUAACAACAAACCACAUCGAAUCACACACACACAUACACACAAGUUCAAUUUGCCCAAGUCGUUCAAGAAAGAAAUCUCCAAUUUGGUCAAGAUUUUAAAUGUCAAUAACCGUAGGAAUAACUGGGAUGUGAUUGCGUCAACGUGUCUUGAGAUAUAGACACAGGUGUGCCUUUGCUCAAUAUACUUAAAGCUCAAAAAAAAAAAAAAAAAAAAAAAAUUAUCGGUUCGACAAUGCCAGUAACCGACACCUCUGUGAUCGUGUACGUCGACUUGCGAGAGGAAUUCGACCAUCUUCUAUUUUUUUUUUUUUUUUUUGUUUCUCACACGCAGCUCCAACUGCCACGCCGAUUUCUAGGUGUCGCAAUGUCUUCGAUCGCGGAUGUCCGAUGUUCGUCGCGGAUCACUCGCUGUCUCGGUUGUUAUUUAACGCAUGUUUAAACGCGCGAAGCAUACGGGAUCUUUUGUUCGCGAUUAUUCGGCUCUUGGACGAACUGAACAGCGAGAGAAUCUCUUUAAAACGUUUUUUUUUCAGCUGAACUUAUAAGUACGGUAGUGUAGAUAAUAUAUAUAUAUAUGUAAGAAGACGGAAGGAGAAAGCAACGCGUUUUCUCCGUAUAAUUGAUUUAUAUAAGUUUUAUGUAAUUUAAAUUAAUUAAUUUUAUCGCAAAGGGUGCUUUUAAUUAAAAUUGAUGAAGUGAAAACAAUAAUGAAAGAGUCGGAACGACAAAUGCAUCUCGCUUGCUUCACACGUAAAUUAUAUACAAAGCGUCUUUGUACAUACAUAGAUAAGUUAGUUUUGUAUAUCACAUUAAAGUGAAUAGCUCGAGGUGUGACGGUCGCACUCUGCGCCGUAUCGGGAUAAAAAAAAAAAAACAAAAAAAAACCAAAAAAAUUAAUUCAAUUCAGGAG